UGUUGUUGAAGGUCCCAGUGUUUAAAUUACUCAGCAAGUCAUCACUGGGCACAAGCUGUCUGUGCAAAGCCCAGGAGCUAUGGACAUCCUCAUUAUUUUUCUUCACUAGUCCCUCCUUACUCCUGUUUCAGCAAGUUGAACACCAGCAUCAAGUGCUUUCCUGGGACGAAAAACCGGGAGUUCGUCAACCAACAUGGAGUUUCGCUUUUGGUCCAUUUCCCAGUUGGAAAAGCUGAACGUUUCAAUGCUCUUGGCGGUUCUUGUCAUGUUUCUUCUGAUUGCUGACUUUGUGAGAAAGAGGCGUCCCAGGAAUUUCCCUCCAGGGCCACAGCUAUUUCCACUUGUGGGAACCAUUGUGGAUUUAAGGCAACCUCUCCAUCUUGAGAUGCAGAAGCUUACUGCAAGGUAUGGGAACAUCUUCAGCGUGCAGUUCGGAGGUCUGACUUUUGUGGUAGUCAGUGGGUACCAGAUGGUGAGAGAAGCUCUUGUCCACCAGGCUGAAAUAUUUGCAGAUCGGCCACAUAUUCCACUUCUCCAAGAAAUUUUUAGAGGCUUUGGUCUUAUAUCCUCAAAUGGGCACAUAUGGAGGCAACAGAGAAAGUUUGUUUUAGCAACGCUGAAAAACACUGUGGUCAGUUUUGAGUCAAAAGUGCAAGAAGAGAGCCGGUACCUCGUGGAGGCGAUGGAGGAAGAGAAGGGGCAACCGUUUGACCCUCAUUACAAAAUUAAUAGCGCUGUUUCAAACAUUAUCUGUUCCAUAACUUUUGGGAACCGCUUCGACUACCAUGACAGCAACUUCCAGGAAUUACUGCACUUGCUCGCAGAAACACUGCUGCUGAUAGGAAGCUUCUGGGGCCAGCUGUAUAAUGCUUUCCCUUUGAUAAUGAGAUGGCUACCAGGGCCCUUCAGGAAAAUCUUCAGGCACUGGGAGAAACUUCAGCAUUUUGUGAGGGGAGUGAUUGCAAAACACAAGGAGAACUUGGACCAGUCUGACGUGGGAGAUUACAUUGACUGUUACUUAAAGGAAAUAGAAAAGUUUAAGGGUGACACCAACUCCUAUUUUCAUGAGGAAAAUCUGCUCUGCUCCACACUGGACCUCUUCUUGACUGGGACAGAGACAACAGCAACCGCCAUCCGUUGGGCUCUGCUCUACAUGGCCGUGUACCCCCACAUUCAGGGUAGGGCCACUGAUGGGUCUUUCAUCACAUAGCCCAAAACCAGAUAAGUGAAACAAAAAACUGAGUUGUUUCUAGGCUCACCACACAGGACACGUGCAGUGGAAAUGCUAAGUCACUGCUUGAACCACUGAUUGAACACCUGAUGGAAAGGCAGGGCAAACACAGGAGAGCUCAGGUGCAUGGAGUGUGCCUGAAUGACUUGAAAGGGUGGAGCCAGGAUCCACUCUUUCCCAGACUUCAUUUAAGGGUUGGCAGUGGAGGUAAGAGUAUCUUGUUUGAGAUCUCUGUUUAUCCGAGGACUGUGUGGGCCUUUCUGAGGUAAGUGAAUUCUUUUUGCUUUUUCUACACCUACUGCUAUUACAUCUGAGCAGCCCAUCCCUCACCUUAGUACAAGACCUUGCUCCCUUCCUUCUUGUAACAGACAUGCUUGUGGCCCAGUUUUCUCAUUCAGAGCUUUUUGAG